ACUAUUUUUAGCACCAAAAGUAAAACAAGAAAUGUCAAAUAAAAAUAAAUCUAAUCUCAGCGAGUACUUUGCUAACGAUCCGCCUAGUUUUUUUGAUGAGCUGACUAACAAACCAAAGUCGAAGGAGGCACCGGCAGACAGCAGUUCGACUGGCAGUUCCAACAGCGCCAGCAGCAACAUGAUGUCCAACACAUUCUCCGGAUUUUUCCACCCACCUGAAUAUGUGGAGACUCCUGAGGUGGACACGGCGGAUUUCAUCAAAGUCAGCGACGAAGUGCGAAACUUGUGGGAGUUGCCGACGGAAAAUGAGGCGGGAAAACUCAUAAUGCCGGGUAUACACCUACAAAACGAUUUGCCUGAUCCCAUAGUUGUUGCGGUGACUCAGCACCUGGGAGACUCUGAGUUGGCUUACCGCAAGAUACUCCUCGUUGAUGACGUUACUCAGGAUGAACGCGGCCUAAGAACCUUGAUCCAGGCGGGUUGCUAUCGCACGGCUGUGAACUUGACUGGCCGCUUGCUGACCAUUUAUGGCCAAGGAUACGGAAGAGCUGGUCAGCCGGCCAAGCACUCUCCUCACUCCCUGCAGCUGUGGUUCACCCGCCUCGCUCUCUUGGCCAAACUGGGAGAGUUUGAACUGCUAAACACCGAGGCCGAACCCUUUGGACAACUCAACAGCCCAGACGUUUUCUACGACUUCUAUCCGGAAAUGUAUAACGGCAAGAGUGGGUCUAUUGCCUGCUUUUCGUUCCGACUUUUGCUUGCGGAGCUGCCCAUUUACAUGGGUAAGCCCCACAUAGCGUUGGACAGACUUUCGGAACUGCACGUGACCAGCAGGGAAAUCAAAGAGCACUACAUCCAGCAGCGAAACAAGACGGCGGAGGAGUUUUGGCAAAGACGGUGUGAACGAGUAUUACAUUCGAUCAUUAAUUGUGGAUUAAUGAUGAAAAAAUUCAGUAUGAUUGACGACAUAAUGGAGGGCACCCUUCUUAAACGUUCCAACCUGAGCAAGGAGAACCAGAGGGCAUUGUACUCCGCCUGGGGACGAAUUUAUCUUCAAAUCGGUGAUAUUUUCGGAGCCGAACAGAAGUUUGCAGUCUCGAGGAGGUUACGAGAAAUCAACACCACUCCCGACCUUAGAGACCUGGUGGACAAAGGUCUAAUAGCAGUGGCUAAAAACGAUUUUCCCGAGGCGUAUGUGAUAUUCCAAAAAGCGCUUCACCUGGAUUCCGGCAACACAAUGAUCCUGAACAACAUGGGAGUGUGUCUGUUGUACGCCGGGAAGCUGAAGGACGCAAUAAAUCUUUACGAACGCGCCAUCAACCUGAACCCACAAAAAUACCUAAACGAAAGCUUGCUGGUCAACCUUUACACCCUCUACGAACUGGAAUCGAACAAUUCGAAAGCGAAAAAAUUCAACUUGUUGCGCCUUAUCAAUAGGUUCAAGCCAGAUCUCAAUAUUAGCAUAGAAAUUUGCCUUAAGCUGCAAGCUAUGAGUUAAAAAUAAAUAGUUACAUUCCAAAACACCCCCGAAACCAUCGAUAACGCUCACUGAUAGCAGCCCUGACAGGCUACCUAUCGAUACACCCCUGCGCAAAGAGAAUCGCGAGGAAGGCCAUCUCUAAUCGACUGCCCCGUUUCGUCGCUGAAAAAGAAUUUCAGAAGAAUUUAUUUACAAAUUUCUGUAGAAAAUCGCGGGAAUUCGUGCGCUUAGAGCACGCCUAAAUGUUUGCAAACACAUAGCGUGUGUUUAUCUGAAUAGGAUAGUUGAAAAUAGGUGAGUUUUGUGGCGUUUUAAAGAUAUAUGGCCACACGAUGAUGCCAGGCAUAGCAGGCGUAUAUAAAAUGGAAAAUAUUGAUGUGCCGUGCCUACAAAAAGAAAGUGUAGAGAAAUUUUCGUUGCACUCAGAAUGUUGUUUAUUCUCCCCGUAACUCUGAUCUAAUGCGAAUGCUCCCUGGCAAAUAGUUCUAAAUUAAACGAUACUCGCAAAACUUAA